GAUUCACUCGCCACGACAUCCUCUUCCACCCUGAACUCACUCCAAUGAUAUCAUAGCCUUUACCCAAAAUACUUUCUUAGACUGUCAAACCUUCAUUUUUCAACCAUGGGUCGCAGCUACGACAAGGCGGCCAGGGCCACCAAUAUUGAACCUCCCUUGCAGUGGACCGACCAGACCACGCACAAGUAUUGCGGCAAGCCAGACCGCGGUCGCAUCGGCAAGCCAAACAAAGCCCAGAAGUGCGAUGACUGUCAAGCCGUUAAGGCGCACAGGGCCAAGGAAUUUCAAAAGGAUACGGACAUUCGCCGUCAAGAGAAGUUGGACUGGACGCUCAGUUACGAUUAACUGAUUGUCGGUGAUUCUGUCUCCGAGACACGGUUUUCCUGCUGUUACCUUUUUUCCCUUUAGUUUCCUUUCUCCUCCCGAUUUAACUUUGCUACUAUAUCGCUGCGCCGCGGAGGGCAACAAUCCCGCGAAGACGGUUUACGUGAUACCAUUACACAAGAUGGACGGCGUCUUCUGUAUCAAUGAUAGAUAUUGGUUGGUGGAAGUACUGUGUGUUGUGGCGAUAAAUGGGAUUUUUGUUUUUGGGUUUUCCAGAUGGUGAACCCGAAAUGGGAAGAUGUAAGGUAGAAUGCGAUCGGACUCGAACGGGAGCAGUGUUUGUGCUUGGACUUACAUGAUGCUUGUCGCUAUCAGCUGGAAACAAUGGAUAUUAAAUGGAUCAUUCCUACCCGGCUGAAAGAUGGUUCUACCACUAGUAAGGGGUAGGAAGGCUGAUAGCAACAGGGGAAACACUGGGCUCGCGUCUUCCUGUUUGAUCCAUAAAUCAGUGUCAACAGCUACCUGUCCCGUCACACAGCGUGAACCAUGGCAAUGAAAACAAAUACACUGGUGGUAACUGCCAAGUGUUCGAGGGGGUUUAGAUCAUUGGAGAAGGAUAUGAUGUCGCGAUUAGGCUGUUCAACCGUAGGUUGUUCUUUUUGGGACCACAUCUCCGUCACUACGAUCUUGUGCACGCAAGGGGCUGUUACAAGAAAACGGCAAACCGCAUAUCACUC